AUGUUUUUCAAUAACCAUGUUGAAUCACUGCCCAAAAUUCCUCUAUUCACGGAUGACGAUGACGAUUUUGUAAAAGUGGAUUAUACGAAUAAGCUUUUUCAUCAGGUUGAAUUCCUAAAAAAAAAAACAAAAGUUUCAAAGAAUUUAUUAAGUCUUACGCCAGUUUCAAUGACUUACGAAUGAAAUGCCAACUUUGUGAUGUUGUGUUGGUCGCAGAAGGAAGAAGACUAAGUGCCCACAAGGUGAGAUAA